AUGGCGACCCUGGACCAGGCACCCAACUUUCCACAAGGCCCUGAAGUUCUGGCUUCCUACUUCAGAGCUGAUAAGUUUGGAUUGAUAUUUCUUUCUCAAGCAGAAGUUGCAUUGACUGCCAAAUUCACGCCCAUUCCAGGUUUCUACCAUCUCUACCUGCCAGCAGAUAAGUUCCCAGAAAACUCCUUCUUUGAUGUGGACACCGUGAACUUUCCCACCCCCAACUUCUGCUUUGUGGGGCUCUUGUCAAUGAUCAACGCCCUCGGUCCACUGUGCCAGACAGUCACCAAAUGCUGGAGUGCAGGGAUCAAGGGCGAGAAGCCCGGACAAAACCGAAGUCAGCCCAGGGCUCAGGCACCGCAGGGGCCAGCUCGGGUGGGCUUGAGCCUCCGGCCGCUGAUUGGCUGUCCGCGGCCUCCGGUGAUUGGUUGCCGCCGCGAGGGCCGCUGGGACUGGCACGCGGCGCCUGCCCUCGCACCGCACCGAGAGGAGGCCAUGAUGGCGGGAGGGCCGUCGAGGGCUCGGCUCGUUCUGGCUUCCUGCCAGCGGGCGGGGAGCAAGCGCUGGCCCAGGAGUGCCGCCGAGAUCCGGUGCACCCGGUGUGGAGGAAGGGCGGCCAGAGAUUCCGGUCACCACCGUGAACUUCAGUGUGGACAUGCUUUUUGUGAACUGUGCUUGUUAAUAACUGAAGAAUGCAGCACAAUUAUAUGCCCUGAUUGCGAGCUUGCUACAACUGUAAAUACAAAACAAGGAUACUACUCAAUAGAUGGUUGUAUUGAAGAUUCGUUUAUGGAAAAACAGCAACCUAAAAUGGUAAAGAAUCUUUCUCAAGACUUUAAAAAGACUGCUGAUCAGCUAACUAUCGGUAUAGAACAUUCAACCUCCAUACACAAGACUGCUUUGAACUCAUCUGCUGUAGUGUCGGAGACUAAAACUGCAGAAGAAAUUGAUGAAGCAUUGAAGAUAGCAGGAUAUAAUUUUGAACAGUUAAGCAUUGCUGUAAAAAUGCUUGAACAUAUACAGAAUCAGACAAAAGAGGAGACAGACAGUCUUACAAAGGUUGUGGAGAAACAGUUUGAUCAACUUUUUGCUUCUCUUGAUUCCAGGAAAAAGAACCUAUGUGAAGAACUUGUAAGAGAUACAGAUCAUUAUAUAUCAAAUUUAGUAAUGGCAAAAAGCUACAUUGAAGAGAAAAAAAAUGAGUUGGAUGCAGCUAUGAAGAUAGCAAGAGAGUUAAAAUCAGCACCUUCUCUGAGGACAUAUUGUGAUCUGAAUCAGAUUGUCCGGACUUUGAAGAUAACAUGUGAGAGUGAAUUGUCACAAGUUAGUUCUCUAACACGAAGGAACCCUCCCAGGUUGAAUAUGAACUGCAGUGAGAUCAUCUGUAUGUUCAACAAUAUGGGAAAGAUUGAAUUUGAGGACUCAACAGAAUGCUAUUUUCAAGAAAAUGAAAUUGGACAGAAUGUUCAAAAGAAAUAUAAUAAAAAGGAACUUUCUUGUCAUGAUACAUACCCGUCACUAGAAAAGAAAGAGGUUAACGUGUCUGUCCUAACCAGUGAAGCACCACCUUUGCAACUGGAGACCAAUGAUGUACAUUUAGAAGGGAAAAACUUCCAGCCACAGAAAGAGGUUGUUGCAACGACAUCCCCUAAAACCAUUGCUGUGCUUCCUGAAAUGGGAUUUAGUCCUGAUGUGAUAAUUGAAGAAAUUAUUGAAGAAAACCUGGAAAAUUCUCCAGAGCUAGUUUUUGUUAGCCACGUAAUACAUCCUUGCCACUUCUACAUUCGGAAGUAUUCACAAAUAAAAGAAGCAGCAGUAUUGGAGAAGAAAGUGAAUGAAUUUUGCAAUAAGAGUUCACAUCUCCAUCCUUCAGACAUUUUGGAGCUAGGUGCAAGAAUAUUUGUCAACAGUACUGAAAACAGAAUGUGGUGUCGAGGAACUAUCACUGAAUUAAUUCCAAUAGAAAGUAAAAAUAUUAGAGAAUCUUGUGGCCCGACCAAAUUCUCAGUCCGUGAAGUUGCGCUAAUUCAGAUAUUUAUGGUAGACUUUGGAAAUUCUGAGGUCCUAAUUGUCACAGGAGUUGGUGAUACCCAUGUGAGACCAGAACACAUUGCUGAGCAGCAUGUUGUGCUAAAUGACUUAUGUCUAGUUCUGAGGAAGUCUGAACCAAAUAUUGAAGGGCUGCUGAAAGAAAUCCAGCCAUUAGCACAACCGUGCUCAUUGAAAGACAUUGUUCCACAGAAUUCAGAUGAAGGCUGGGAAAAGGUGGCUAAAGUGGAAUUUUUGAAAAUGGUAAAUAACAAGGCUGUAUUAAUGAAAGUUUUUAGAGAAGAAGAUGGUGUGCUUAUUGUAGAUCUGCAGAAACCACCAACAAAUAAAAUAAGCAGUGAUAUGCCUGUGUCUCUUAGAGAUGCUUUAGUUUUUAUGGAACUAGCAAGGUUUAGGUCACAGUCACCAAGAAGUCACUCUGAAAAAAAUAUGACUUUAUGCUAUCAUCCACCUAUUUUGCCUAAAGAAAUGACAGAGGUUUCAGUUAUGGUUUGUCAUAUAAAUAGUCCUACUGAUUUCUAUGUUCAGUUGGUAGAGAGCCUGGAUGUUUUAUUUUUAUUAAAGAGGAUUGAGGAAUUCUAUGAAAGUAAAGAUGGGGAAAAUCUGGAAGUUCUUUGUCCAGUUAAAGAUCAAGCCUGUGUAGCUAAAUUUGAAGAUGGAGUUUGGUACCGAGCAAAAGUCACCGGAUUGCCUGGACAUCAGGAAGUUGAAGUUAAGUAUGUAGACUUUGGUAAUAUCGCAAAAAUAACACCUAACAAGAUGCGUAAAAUAAAAGAUGAGUUUCUGAAUCACCCAGAGAAGGCAAUUAAAUGUAAGUUGGCCUAUAUUGAACCAUGUAAAAUGACAAUGCAGUGGUCCAAAAAAGCUAUGGAAAAAUUUGAAGAAAAGACUCAAGAUAAAUUCGUGAUAUGUUCAGUUAUUAAAAUUCUGGAAGAUAAUGUGCUCUUGGUUGAGCUUUUUGAUUCUCUUGGUGCUCCUGGAAUGGCUCCUGUUAGUAUUAAUGACCAGCUAGUCAAAGAAGGCCUAGCAUCUUAUGAAGGAGGAUACACCAUCAAAAAUAAUUCUAAAAAGCAUAUUGAAGUAUGGGAUCCUUCUCCAGAAGAAAUUAUUUCAAAAGAAGUAAACAACUUAAAUCCUGUGCCUGGAAAAUCCCUACCCAAUGAGAAUUUCCAGUCACUUUACAAUAAGGAACUGUCUGUGUAUAUCUGUAAUGUAGUAUCUCCUGAGAAGAUUUAUGUUCAGUGGUUAUUAACAGACAACUUACUUAACAGUUUAGAAGAAAAGAUGAUGGCUGCUUAUGAAAACUCAGAAUGGGAACCUAUUAAAUGGGAAAAUCGUAUGCACUGUGCUGUUAAGAUCCCAGAUAAAAAUGAGUGGCGAAGAGGCCAGAUCAUCAGAAUGGUUACAGACACAUUGGUAGAGGUCUUGCUGUAUGACGUGGGUGUUGAACAAGUGGUGAAUAUUAACUGUUUAAGAGAACUUCAAGAAAAUCUAAAGACAAUGGGAAGAUUAUCUUUGGAAUGCUCUCUUGUUGAUAUAAGACCAACUGGUGGAAAUGACAAGUGGACAGCAACAGCUUGUGACUGUCUUUCAUUGUACCUAACUGGAGCUGUGGCAACUAUAAUCUUACAGGAAAACAACACAACGUGGCCAUUACCUGUGAAAAUUUUCUGCAAAGAUGAAAAAGGAGAGCGUGUUGAUGUUUCUAAGUAUUUGAUUAAAAAGGGUUUGGCUUUCAGAGAAAGGAGAAUUAAUAAAUUAGAUAACAGCCAUUCAUUAUCUGAGAAGUCUCUGGAAAUCCCCCUGGAACAAGAAGAUUCAGUAGUUACUGACAAAAAAGCUGCUGAUAUAAUCAGUGAACACAAAGUGUCCGAAUUUAAAGAGAAAAUUAUAGAACCAAGAACCACUGGAUGCUAUAAACCGCCAGCUAUUCCUAACCUGAAAAUAUUUGAGGCAAUAGUCAGCUGCAUUGGUGAUGAUGGAACUAUAUUUGUAAUACCUAAAUUAUCAGAAUUUGGGCUAGUAGAAAUGAUGAAUGAAAUUCAAAGUAAUUUAAAAUGCCUUGGUCUUUUGGAGCCUUAUUUCUGGAAAAAGGGAGAAGCCUGUGCGGUAAGAGGAUCCGAUACUAUGUGGUAUCGAGGCAAGGUAAUGGAAGUUGUAGGUGGCACUAUCAAGGUACAAUAUUUAGAUCAUGGAUUUACAGAGAAGAUUCCACAGUGUCAUCUUUACCCUGUCUUGCUAUAUCCUGAUACACCUCAGUUUUGUAUUCCUUGUCAGCUCUGUAACACCAUACCCGUUGGGAAUGUCUGGCAACCAGAUGCAAUAGAACUUCUUCGGGAACUGCUUUCAAAGAGAGAGGUGGAAAUUCACAUUAUGGAAUUACCUGAAAAUCCAUGGGGGAGAUUAUCUAUUCAUCUCUAUUUUGAUGGAAUGUCACUUUCUUAUUUUAUGGUACACCAUAAAUAUUGUACUUCUGGACAUUCAGAGGAGAUAUUGAAAGAGAAACCAUCAGGUUACAAUAAAAAGUAUGAAGAGGAAAGAUGGGAAAUAAGGUUCGAGGAACUGCUUUUGUCUGAGACAGAGACUCCUAUUUUACCACCAUAUUUGUCUUCAUCUCUGCCUCACCCAGAAGAACUCUUUGCUGUUCAAGUUAAGCACGUUAUCUCACCUAAUGAGGUGUAUAUAUGUCUUGAUUCUGUAGAAAACUGUAAUGCAUUUAACCGGCAUAGUGACACAGAUGAUAGUAGAGUCAGCUGGGAAUCGGAGAGCCUUGAUGAAGCGCUGUGGAGGGUGAAUAAGAAUGUAGAGACACUUCCUCCUCUGACGGAUUUUAGAACAGAAAUGCCUUGCCUUGCAGAAUAUGGUGAUGGUUUAUGGUAUAGAGCGAAGAUUAUUUCCAUUAAAGAAUUUAAUCCUUUAUCUGUCCUGGUACAAUUUGUUGAUUAUGGAUCAACUGAAAAGCUAACAGUAAACAGACUGUGUCAAAUUCCUCUGCAUCUUAUGCAGUAUCCAGCCCGAGCCAUAAAGGUUCUCUUGGCAGGGUUUAAACCUCCUUUAAAGGAUCCAGGAAAGGCAAGAAUACCGUAUUGUCCCAGCUGGAGCAUGGAAGCAUUGUGGGCUAUGAUAGACUGUCUUCAAGAAAAGCGACUUUAUGCUUCUUCUGUGGCUCAGACACCAGAACCAGUAGUGACAUUAUAUGAAGAUGAACAGUAUCCAGUUCAUAUGUCAUUAAUAAAAAUGGGGCUCGCAGACAGAGAUGAGUGA